GUGGAAAAAGACAAGACUUCCGGCGUGACAACUGACUGACGCUAUAAGCAUGCAGCACUACGGAGUCAACGGCUACUCGCUGCACGCCAUGAACUCCCUGAGCGCCAUGUACAACCUCCACCAGCAGGCGGCGCAACAGGCGCAGCACGCGCCCGACUACAGGCCCUCCGUGCACGCGCUCACCUUGGCGGAGAGACUAGCUGACAUCAUCCUGGAGGCUCGUUACGGCUCUCAGCACCGCAAACAGCGCCGCAGCCGCACGGCCUUCACCGCCCAGCAGCUGGAGGCCCUGGAGAAGACCUUCCAGAAGACGCACUACCCCGACGUGGUGAUGCGCGAGCGGCUGGCCAUGUGCACCAACCUGCCCGAGGCCCGCGUGCAGGUUUGGUUCAAGAACCGCAGGGCCAAGUUUCGCAAGAAGCAACGCAGCCUCCAGAAGGAGCAACUGCAGAAACAGAAAGAAGUGAGCGGUGAAGGAGGAGCUGAGAAGGAGGCCACCCUUGCACCCUCCACCGCCGCCCUUCCCGACCCGCAGUUACCUCCGUCCACCUCCGCUUCUCUGGAGACGGAAGGCCCGGUGGUGCGUCCGGUCCCGCCGGACACGGAACUGAACGUCACGUCGGCCGAGCAGUCCGGCAGCGAGUCUGCCACGGAGGACAACGCCACAGAUAAGGAGGAUGAGAGGAAAUGUCAGCGAGAGGACAUGCAGAGCGACAGAGCGGUGACACCGGGAGACGUUUCUUCACCCUGCAGGAGACUCAGCCCGAAACCAGACUCACCUCUCGUCUCUCCGUCCGUGACUCCUUCCUCGUCCAGCAGCGGCCCGACCGGCAGCGGCGGCGGUGCCCUCUCCCAGAACCACUCGUACUCUUCCUCCCCCCUGAGCCUGUUUCGCCUGCAGGAGCAGUUCCGCCAGCACAUGGCCGCCACCAACAACCUGGUGCACUACCCCGCUUUUGACCUGGCCGCCCCGUCUUCGCUCCCCUACCUGGGGAUGAAUGUCAACAUGCCCCCGGCGCCGCUCGGUACCCUGCCCUGCCAGUCUUACUACCAGUCGCUGUCCCAUCACGCCCAGCAAGUGUGGAACAGCCCGCUGCUGCAGGCGUCUGCUGCCGGCGGACUGAGCAGCCACAACAGCAAGACCACCAGCAUUGAGAACCUGCGGCUUAGGGCCAAACAGCACGCCGCCUCGUUGGGGCUGGACACCUUAUCUAACUGA